UUCUUGGUUUCUGAUAAGGGUUACUUGAUUCUUGGUUCUUCAAGAUCAUUUCUGGGUGUUUGAAUUCAAGAGCGGGAAUAUUUUGAAUGGCGGGAAAACAAGAAUUAGGGUUUGUGAAGGCUUCAAGUGUGAGAGAACUGGCUAACAAAAUCACGCUUCGGAAAGUGCGAUCCCAAGGCCACGAGUACGUCGAGCUGAGGGAAGACGGAAAACGCGACAUCUUCUUCUGCAUUCUGUGCUUCUCUCCGUGUUACAGCGAGGAUACCUUGUUUGACCAUCUCAACGGAACCCUCCAUAAAAAAAGGUACACUGCUGCAGAAGUUACUCUUUUGCUUCCAAAUCGAUGGCCUUUCAAUGAUGGGGUAUUUUUCUUUCAUAAUUCCUCUGAGCAAGAUAAACAACUACUUAUUUCGAGUCAAUACAAAGAUGGGCUAUUGCUUUCUCACAAAAACUAUAAUCUUAAUAAUGGUAAGAAUUCGAGUUCUUCCGAGGAUAAUCUGAGACGUGUUUCGAGGGGCAAUGGUACUAAUUUGAAUCCUGAUGGUAGGAAUUACAAUCUUUCUAUACCUGGUGUUGUUAUUAGAGAUGAGAUUUCUGUUCUAGAGGUGAGUUUUAACGGGUUUGGAGAUAUUUCUGCAAGAAUCUGUGAAGGUGAGGGGUUCUCAAACUGGAUUCAUAGAAUAUGGUGUGCUUGGCUGGGGAAAGAGAGGGAAGAAGAUCUAGGUGACAUGGUUUGGGAUCAUGACUUUGCUGUCAUCACUUUCCCUUACACUUGUGAUCUAGGUAGAAGUGGUAUAUAUGAUAAUUUUAGCACGUCGCCCCGUUCUAGUUCUCAUACAGAUACUGAGAUAAUAUGUGAAGGCCCUAGAAAGAAAAGAAAAAAAUCAGCCUGUUCUGGUGCUCAGACAGAGAUUGAGACAGUUGAAGGCCCUAGAAAGAAGAGAAAAAAGUCGUUCUCUGACCCAGAGGAUAUCAGCAAAUCUUUAAUCAAUCAAUGUGGUUCUUCUCGGAAUGGCUCUGUUGUUUCAUCUAGUUCAACUUCAGACAAGAUUCUUAGGCGGGAGAUAAGACAGCAAGAGCGGGCAGCAGCUGAAAGAAUGUGUGAUGUCUGUCAACGGAAAAUGCUACCAGGGAAGGAUAUGGCAACCUUGUUAAAUAUGAAGACGGGUAGACUGGCUUGCAGCAGUAGAAAUGUGAAUGGGGCAUUCCAUGUAUUCCACACUUCCUGUCUUAUACACUGGAUUCUUAUCUGUGAGUUUGAAAUCUGGAAAAAUCAAUCAUCCAAUUUGGAAACGACAUGUAAACCUGGGAGAGAGAGCAGAUCCAAAUGCAGUGAAACUGAAACAGAAGAUGGAAAGAAAACUCCAAGAGUACCAAUUUCUUCUGUAUUUUGCCCUGAAUGCCAAGGUACAGGUAUAAACAUUGAAGGAGAUCAACUGCAACAACCAACUGUCCCUGUUUCUCAGAUGUUCAGUCACAAGUUACAAACGAGUGAUAAACACAGGGCAUGGAUGAGAAGCCCUGAGAUAUUGCAGAAUUGCUCUACUGGUCUUUGCUUCCCCUCCCAGUCUGAAGAAAUGAUUAAGGAAAAAGUUUUACCUCUGAAGUUCCUUCAUUUCUAUAAAGCUGAUGUAUAGAGCUUGGUACAAAGUUCCUCAAGACCCUAUAAGGCUUCAAUGUAUACUUAGCAUGUAAUUCUUCCUCACAAGUAGCAGGAAAACGGGUCACCUUACUCACAAGUAGCUAGUAAGCAGCAUAUGUAGUUUACUUGGAGCAUGUCUUCACCAACCUUCCUACUUGUAUGUCCAUUUAUUCUCCA